AAGGAGUUGUAAAGUUUAGGUGUAAGUAGGUAACUGUGUCAAGCGCCACAAAAGAUAAUUCUCCAACGUAAGUUGGUUCAUAUCAGUAUAGGAUCCUCGUAAAAUGUCCAGUGUUACGCAACCACAACCUAAUACAGUGAUGCCAGCUCCAAAACCUAAACGUCAAAACAAUCAUAAAGUUCUUGGGAUAUUGCAGAUGACAAUAGGUGUAUUAUGCAUUGGACUUGCUAUUGUAUCUUUCAUCAUUUCCAAAGGUUAUUAUCCCUCCAGUAUAAGAAAGUCCGGCGCAGGAAUCUGGUGCGGAAUUUUUUUUCUAGUAGCUGGAAUUCUUGGCUUUCUGGCUUCAAAAUCAAAGAACAGCCGAUGCCUGGUCAUUGCAACUAUGGUUCUUUCUAUAAUGUCUUCAGUGAUGGCGUUUAAUUUGAUUAUCAUCAGCAUAACAACUGCUGUUGUUGGAGGCACUACUUCUGGUGAAAGUAAUGCCACCGUCAUUCUCUAUUCUGUUCUUGCCUUUUUCGCGCUUUUUGAGUUUGUUCUCUCAAUUGUUCAUUCAGCUGUGUGCUGCGCUGGUACUUGCUGUCACAAAAGCACGCUACAACCACAGUCUGUUUCUCACAUUGUACAAAUACCCCAAGGACAAGCCAUCAAUAUGGCAGCAGGUCAACAGGCAGUAGUUUAUCCAGUACAGUAUUACGUACAAGCUCCAGGGCAAAUGCCUGCUUAUUCUUACAUGCCAGUAAGUACAAAUGUCCCCCCAAGUGCUACUGCCACUGCUCAACCUGUUUCUAAUGUUCAAAUUGAGGAUGGACAGGAAUCACCACCCCCAGAAUAUGAGGUCCAGAAAUCUAUUCCACCAGAAUAAAGAUGUUUUCAAAAAGAUUGUUAUUUAUUUCACACAAUAUUGCUUCCCUGUUUUUAUGCUUUACGAAUCUCGAUCAUACGUAGCCAUGCUCAAACUGUCAAACAUUAUGUUGUUCAGCAUGCAAGAUCUUGGGUUUUGGGGUAAAUUGUUUUUCAAGUUAUUGUAUCCUCUUGUGUCUGUGUGACAGAUUAUGAAUUUAUUAGUGUUACUUUUUACCUGACACAUGUUACAUGGUGCUUGUUAUUUACUGUGUGCAGAUUUAAUGGUGUUUGUAUAUAAAUGUAUUGCACUAAUAAAGCGAAUCUUUAAGAG